AAUGGAGGGCUGAGGAGAAACUUGGGUGCCCCCCCCCCCGGUAAGGAAACCAGGGCCUUGGGCAAGCGAGUCACACUUUCUCAGCCCAGGGACAACCACCUCUGAAGAAACCAGGGGCAUGAACCUUUUUGGCAAAGUGGGUCAAAGGGGUUUGUUGGCUGCACUGUGCCUUCAAGUCAUUCCUAUCAUGGGCCUUUUUUGGCAAGGUUUCUUCAGUGGUUUUCCUUUGCCAUGGCCAUCCUCUGAGGCUGAGAGAGUGUGACCUUCCUGAAGGCACCCAGUGGGUUCAUGACAGCUUACCCUAAGACACAAUUAUCAUGGGAAGGUUUCCAUGGCCAGUGGCCCAAAGGUGAACCUGUCAUUGGCUUUUCUUGACAAGGUUUCCUCAGAGGGUUUUCUUUUUUCUUUUUUGUGCCGGCCUCCCUCUGAGGCUGAGAGAGUGUGACUUGUCCAAAGGCACCACCAGAUUUCCAUGGCCGUGCAGGGAAUCAAACUCCUGGCUUCCCAGAGGGGGCACUCAUUGAUACCUUAGGUGAGGAUGCCUCCUAAAAGGAAAGGAAAAAACAACCUCCCUGUUCCUCUCCAAGAAGGACUAAUUCUGAAAGAUACUGAAAAGAGAGAAUGGAGACUUGGUCGCAUGAUUGCCCAGGGAGGAUUUGGCCUGAUCUACUUAGCUUCCCCUUGCCUUGAUAUUCCAGUGGCAGAUAAUGCAGUGCAUGUCAUCAAAGUGGAAUACCUUGAAAAUGGACCCUUGUUUUCUGAAUUGAAAUUUUAUCAGCGAGCUGCAAAACAAGAAUGCAUUAAGAAGUGGAUGAAGAUGAAACGGUUAGCCUUCCUAGGGAUUCCAGUCUUCUGGGGGUCAGGCCAAGCUGAACACAAUGGCAAAAGUUACAGGUUUAUGGUGAUGGAAAGAUUAGGAGAGAAUCUGCAAACCAUCUUUGAAAGAAGGGGGCGAAGAUUUAACAAGGAAAUUGUUCUACAGAUUGGGCUACGAAUGCUGGAUGUCUUGGAAUAUAUACAUGAAAAUGAAUAUAUUCAUGGAGAUAUUAAAGCAGCAAAUUUACUUUUGGGCUACAGAAAUCCACAUGAGGUUUAUCUUGCUGAUUAUGGACUUGCCUACAGAUAUUGUCCCAAUGGGAACCACAAACAGUAUCAAGAAAAUCCUAAAAAGGGCCAUAAUGGGACAAUGGAGUUUACCAGCUUAGAUGCGCACAAGGGAGUAGCACCAUCGAGACGAGGAGAUCUAGAAAUCCUUGGCUACUGUAUGCUGCAGUGGAUGUGUGGGAAUCUACCCUGGGAGAAGAAUGUGAGGAACCCCGAAGCUGUUCAGGCUGCAAAAACAAAGCUCCUGGAUGAACUCCCCAAUUCAGUGACAAGGUUGGCUCCUGCAGGAACUAACUGCGGCGAGAUAGCAAUGCUUUUGGAAAAUGCAUCUAAUUUAGCAUACAGUGAAAAGCCUGAUUAUGAAAUACUGAAGAAAAUCCUCUUGAGUGGCCUGGAACACAAAGGAAUAUUAUAUAAUGGCAUGCUGGAUUUUACCACCAAUGAAGGAACUCCAGAUGAAGGAGCUGCUAAUCACAGGAAAGCUGAUUUACCAAAGCCAGGACCAAAGCAAGUUAAAGAAAUGAAGGAAAGCAAGCUGGAAAACAAGGAACUUGCCCAUCACAGAAAAGCCACCGCAGUUAUGAAAAGCAGCCAAGUACACAAGAAACAGAUGCUGGAUGGACUGAACAAGCCUCUUCAAACUGAAGAGGCUGAGUUAACUGGACAUGAUUUGUGGUCCAUGUCUGACAUUAGUGUCCUUAUCAAGGAAAGUAGAGAACAGUCACGCAGUACAUAUCUCCGCAGGUCCUUCCAGAGAAGUGAAGAAAAAUCCAUAGAAAAUGGAGACAUACCUUCAGCAGUCUAUCAACCAGAAAUUGUUUGGGCGUCAUCCAGCUCUUCUGUAUGCAGAACUUCUCAGCCUGAACCAUAUCAGGAACUAUAUCAAUAUGUCAUAGCCAUUGCUGUCCUCCUCUUGUUAAUUUUGCUUUCUCUAUGUUUUCUUUGAUAUUUCCAUUAAUGCUUAUUUCUAGACUUUAGACAUAUGUUAGGAUAGAUUCCAUUGAAAUUCCAUUCAGGUUUUUUUCAUAGACAUUUUCAGUGUGAUUUGCUGAAAUUGUAUUUUAAAACAGAACAAAAUGUUAAAAUGUUGAAAAUUAAAACCAAUAAACUUCUCAGAUUCUGUU